AUGUCGUUCGUUAUCGCUCGCAGAGCGCCCGCGCUGCUGACGGAGCGUCGCAUCGAACGGUGGGGGCCGUCGCGGCGGCGCAACCUCGCCUCGGGGCGCGUCGGCGGCUCCGCCGCAUCCUCGCCCCUCCCACGCGCGCGAAGCAGCGCGCUGAGCGAGCUGGCGGACCGAAGCACCGACGGGUGGGACCCCCCUAGCAGCGCGCGGCGGCUCUCGAGCGCGGCGCGGUAG